AUGACCUCUGCUUUUCGUAUGAUGAGCGUUCGCGCUUUAGUCCCUCUUCUGGGGUUCAUACUGUCUCCGAAUGACACAACGACUGUUCCUCCCGACGGCGUGUUUUACGAAGAUGUUACUAGUAUCGGUAAAGAAAAGUUUCAAGAGAGACUAUCGCAGUUAUUCAAUACUUUGUUCCUCGCCGGUAUCGAGCCAUCCGUCAUUGCAGGUACUAUGCCAGUAACAGAAAAAGGACAAUACUUUGCUACAUCAACACAUACCGCAGAGACGAGAAUAACAGAGAAGAUCCUUGUAUGCAACAAGGCGUGGUUUGCAACCAUGCUAGUCAUCUGUCUUAUUGUCUUGGUUAUAUCUCUCUCUGGGGCAGGUCUUCGAGCUAUGACACUGGUACCAGAUGUUUUGGGAACAUUGUCAAUCAUCACGUUGGAUAAUCGUUGCGAGAAGGAUUUGCAGAAGGCAUCGAUGCUUGAUGGCCUUGAGCGCUCCCGUUUACUCAAGAAUGUGAGCAUCAAGCUGGGAAAUGUGAAGCAGGAUAGCCCUUCAGGCCGUAUUGGUUUCACAGCACCAGCGAAUGAUGAGGAUGUAGUUCAACUACAGAAAAAUGGCUUAUACGAUUAG